CUUGUGUUCCGAAAUAAACAAAAAUCUACUUUGGUUUUAAAUAAUUUUACGUGUAGGCAGAAAAUACCUAAUAUUACAGGAUGUGAGAUACUCAGAUUCUUGAUUCAUUCUUAUUACAAACAUGAACGCAUAAUUUUUCAAGUAAAUUAAUUUGAAUUUGUGAAAAACUUAAAAACUAAAAUUAUUUCGCAGAGAAAUCGGAAUUAUGUUAAGAACAUCGCUGUGUUCUUUUUCUUUUAAAUUUGAUUUAUUUUUCUCGAGCGUUUGAACUAAUUUGUCAUAAAAAAAAGAAUUUACAACAAAUAGAACACGCCGUGAACAUUUUUCAGAAAAAGUACUUCUUGAUUUUUACGACGAAGUUAAUUACAAUUCCUAAAUUGCUGGUCAAUUAUUGACUAAAUAAAAUUGAUAUAUUGUUAUAAAUUGUGGGCGAACCGUACCUAUGCAAAGGGACGUUUAAAAUGGCUCAUUUGCAAUACAUUCCGGGCGAUCCUCGUUUGGUGGAUCAACUGGUUUAUGAACUGAAGUCAAAAGGAAUCUUCGAUCAGUUCCGUAAGGACUGCAUCGCUGAUGUGGACACAAGGCCAGCGUAUCAAAAUCUCCGGCAGCGCGUUGAGAAUUCAGUCUCAACAUUCCUGGCACGACAGUGCUGGAAACCGGACUUGAACAAGAAUCAGCUUCGUGAAAAACUCAGAAAACAUAUUUUAGAUGGAAACUAUCUGGAGCAAGGUGUCGAAAGAAUCGUGGAUCAGGUGGUGAACCCCAAAGUUGCGACAGUCUUCAUCCCUCAAGUAGAAGACCUCGUCUACAAUUACCUUGGGAUCACCAGGAAGAAGACUACGCCUGUUGCGGAAACAUCAAACGGAAAAGUCACCGAUAAUGAUCUCCUACCCACAGACCUGGAGGCGGUCAGCCCAGCAUCGGUCAAAAGUAACGACGACAAAACUGAAGCCAUGGAAACUUCACACGCUGAUCAGGACAACAAAAUGGAUGUAGAUUUUGACAAACUAAAAGAUGAAAAAGACCACUCAAAUGACGUCGACGUUGGAAAAACAGAUGACACCCGAUUAUCUGGUAUAAGCGAGUUGACUUCAAAUGAGUCUAUGGCUAGCAUGGAUAAGAGUACCAUUCCUUUGCCCAGCGAAGAAAUAAAAUUAGAAAAUAUACCUGCACCGGACAACAGUCCUCCGAAAAUAACAAAAAUUGAGGUGGAAUUAGAGAAGAUUGAGUUGCCUGAAGAGCCUGAUCUAUCAAGAGACAUACCAUUACCCAAUGAGACUCCUAAAUCAGAGAAGGAAGUUUAUUUUAAGCCUGUCAACACUGACGAUGAUGAUUCUAGUUCUGAUUCGUCGUUGCGUAGAAACAUGUCUCCUUUGACUCCAAUUAGAAAUUUCAAUAAUGAAAACUCUUGUGACGCGCAGCAAGCGUUUGAAAACGAAGACAGCAAAGAUGAUAAAAAAGAUGCAUUAGAGCCAAGUACCUUUAGAUUCACAAUUGAGAAGACAGAAAACAGUUCUGAUGCUGUGAAAAUAGAAAAGAACGAAACGGAACAAGCAAAUCUAUCAUACCAGUUCACUAAUCAAAUGAAUAUCAACACGUUCAACACCCCGAUGUAUGACGACAGUUCAAAUAGCACCCACUUGCAAAUCGAUUACGAAAGUGACGCGAACAGCAAAACUAAUGUCGAAAACAAAGUACCUGAACCAGAUCACAAUUCUGGGGAUUCUAGAAAAGAUAAAAAGACAGAGGAAAGGAAAAGUAGUCAUAAAAGUUCACACCGCGAUUCUCAUAGACAUUCUAGCAGCAAAGAUAGGCGAUCAGAUUCUAAGCAAUCCAGCUCUAAAGACAGCAGAAGUGAUAGGAAAUCUUCAAAAGAUGAUCGCAGGUCCUCGAGCAAGUCUAACACAAAAGAAAAGUCUAGUGAGCGAGACAAAAAAGAUGAGAAAAAUGACAGAGAUUCCUCCAAACACAGAAGCUCACAUAAAAGUUCCAGUUCGAACAGUCAUAAAGAUUCAAAAUCCCAUAGGAGUUCUAGCUCCAGCCAAAGACAUUCUAGCUCGAGCAAGCACGAUGAGAAGCGGUCAUCGUCCUCCAGCCAUAGAGAUAAAUCGGAUAGAAGUUCGGAUAAAUAUUCCAAAGACAAAUCCUCUAAAGAAUCUAGAUCCAGUUCCAGCUCUAAUCGCGAUAAAGAUAGAAAGAGUGGUAGCAGCAGCAAAAGCAAAAGCGAAGAUAAAGACAGACAAAAGAAGGAUAAAAAAGACGCAGACGAUCAUUAUAGCGCGUCAGGCCGGGGAAACCACACUCGCAGAUCGACGGACAGAGACUCAAAUGACGGCAGCUCAUCGUCCAAAGGGUCACAUCACCCCACAGGUUCAAAGUCCACAGAAAACAAAAAAGAAAACAAAAGUUCUACUUCUAAAUCUGAUAAUACUUCGACCAGUGGUGAAUCAACCAGCCCCAAUGAUAAAGACAGCGUCACUGACAAAAGUAAGAAUGAAUCAAAAGGGAAAAAUAAAAACGCACCUCAAGUGAAACCGAUUGUGAGAAUUGAGAAUCAUCUAGAAACGCCUAUAUCGUCGCCUCCGCGACUUCCGUUCGUCCCAGAUGUUACGCUGAAAAAGCCGAAAUUCGCUGCUAACAUGCAAGAAGCUAGGAAACUAAUGAAAAUGCGUAAAUUCUUGGAUGACGAACAAAAAAGAAUGAACCAAGAGGCGGCUUUGCUUCUAGAAUUCCAAGCCAAUGUUCGACCGAGUUUGAGUCAAGUUUACUCAAGUAUUCCCGGUCCAGAGUUGGAGUUUGCUUGCGUCACGAGUAAUCAGAGGGAAAUGAUAAUUUCCGACAGCCAAAUACACUCUGAGACAGCCAAUUCAAAUAUUGUUGAGAGCAGUGAAUCUAGGAGCGAUACUAUCAGCGACAUAUUGACAGCGGCAGAACAAGUUGAGAACAUAGAAGUUAGUAAUGUUGAGGAUCAAGUGAAUUCAGAAAAUGCACCGGCCGAAACUGAAUCAAUAGUUGUUGAAGGUGAAAUUGAUGACGAAGCUAAUCAAAAUGCUGAUACCGCUACGGUCCAAAUAGAAAAUAUAAUAGAAACCGACAUAAAUGCGUGUGAAAUGGAGGUGGAUGUGAGUAUUGAUGACAAUAAAAUAGAAAUUAUUGAUAACGAGUCCACGAAAUCAGAGAUAAGAGAGGCAGAAUCUAAUCAUACCAAUAAAGUAGAACUUGAAAUCGAUAGUGGCGGUGACGACAUCGAAGCACAACUACAAAGCUUGAUGCCUGACGAUGAUGUCGGGCCUGAGUACCUCACAGUCACCAUCAUUGCUGAAGAACUAUCCGAGACUGAAGAAACUAAUGCUGAACCAGUUACACCUAAAAUAAAUCUCAAACCUGAAUCAGAAGAAAAAAUUUGCCCUGAUGAGCCCGAAUUCAAAUAUUUUGCUGAACACGAGAAAUACAACUCGGAACUAGAAAGGGACACGUUUAGCAAAUUCCUGAAAACCUUCAUUGAAAAAUCGAGCACAGACAAAAUACAUGUGAUCAACUGUGAAGGUUAUGUGGAGAAUAUCCUAAAGGAGGUGUCACAAAACUUUGGACAGUUCGAAAUUGUGAACUACCACAAGAACGGCCAUUUGAAGCUCAAUACUACCAAGAAUAUUGUGAGGAAUGUGAAUGUGUCGUCCGAAAUAACGUUGCCUAUAGACAAAGUUGGCCGAAAAAAUAUUUCUCCGAUGUUCAGCCCAGUAAAAUCGGAGUGCUCUUUCGAGUUAUCAAGCGAUUACGAUGCAAAAUUAGAGGAGAUGGUUAGCAAGACUUCUCGGAAAGAAAUAAUGGAAAUCAUACUUGGCAACGUGAUAGAUGAUCCAGCCAGUGAUUCUAGUUUGGAGUUGCCUACAAUAGAUUACUGCAUGGACUCCAAUAUAGAGAGUGACACGGAGAAUACAAUGAAAAGGAAGUUCUGUGAGGUGGAGAGCAGUGUGAAUAACAAUAGACAGGUGCUGACGCCGAAUAAAAUAAGGAAACUAAGCGGAUCCGAUCAGAUUUCGUCUACCACUGAAGAGAGCGAAGAGACAAGCAACAACAAUGUCUCAAACACUAUGAGGUCGAAAUACUUGGGACGUGCCAAGAGAGUCGGGCUGCCCAGGCCUCGGAGAUCAAACCUGCCCAACAGUCCGUCUAGCGACAAGUCGGUGGAGAACUACGAACAGAACACAGCCACGCCUAACGGGCGGGUCAAGCCUCGCAAAGUUCAGAGGUACGAUACCUCGGACUUGUAUAAACCGAAGCUGCAUUACUUGUCGCGGCGGAACAAUAUCAGCUAGGCUGUGGGAAUAUACUUCCCACCAUAUUUUGCCGCUGGGAAUAUACUUCCCACCAUAUUUUGUCAGUGGGAAUAUACUUCCCACCAUAGUUUAACAGUAUUUCCUUGUCUUGAGAUCCAAAAACAAAAUUUUUUUGGACUUACUUUACUAUGCCCGGUUAGCAUAACGGCUGGAGAUUAUCAAUAAAUCCUGGAAUUAAGACUGCCUGUGCAAUUUAGAGGAGAGAUGCGGAGCGACCGUUCCGCUGCCUAGCUCCGCUUCAUUGAAUAUGCACGUGUUGCUAAAAAUUACUUAAUAAAUAUAAUUUGGAAGUUGUCUUAUCUACAACUUUACAGCGAAACAGAGCUAAUUUGCCACAUAUUAUAACUAAGAGAAAUAGUUUAUUAAAAAGUCAAAUCACUGACUUCGUAUUAUAAAACGACACUCAAUUAUAAAUUUAAGAGGCUUGAAUUUGUGCUUGACCUUGGAUAGAGUUUUGAGUCUCGUUCUUUAAUAUGGGUCCUAUAUUCAAAAUCUCAGUAUAGAUCGCUAGUAAAUAUCACUGCCAGUUGUUUAUUUUUAUACAAAUAGUAAUAUAAUAUUUAUACACUGCUGAUAGUAAAUAAUUAAAUUAAUCAUACUGUGAGGUAAUUGCCUUAACCAUAACCAUUACACAACAUUUAAUAAUCUGUAAAAUCUGAUAAAGGAUGGUUCUGGUGUUUAAAUACAACUACUACCCGACUGCGCCCGAAGGAGGGUUAUGUUUUUGUAUACUUCCCAAAAAUACUGGCCAUGCCAUUUCCUUGAAAGAUAAAUAGGCUAGUUUCCUAAAAAAAAUUUUUAGUCCGUCAAUUUUUAUAUAAAAAAUAUUGGACACGUAUUUAAUUUUAAUUGUCAAUCAAACAAAUAAUUACAAAGUUAUAGUGCGUUGAAUUUCCGCGCGACGUCAUAAAGUGCUGCACUUUUACGCACUCACUGACGUCACGGGCCUUUUCUUUAGAACUUUGGCACGCUUUAUCUCUUUACAUAUUCAUUAGUUUUAAAAAGUGAAAAAUACGUGUCGAGUAGUUUUUAAUAAGCUAACUGACGGACUAAUUAAACUUCUUGCUUUUUUACCCAGGAAACAUCCCUAUUAUAAUUAAAAAAAUAUUAAUGGGCAUUUUACACUGCGCCAUCUAGUUCCAAAAUUAGCAAAGUAUGUACAGUCAGCGUCAAAAAGUUCACUAAAGUGGCCAAAACUUUGACAACACAACCUUAUUCCCACUGAUGUGUUGCGAACUUAUUACCACACGUGAGAUCCAUAGGGUUGCCAGGUGUCCGGCUUCAGCCGGACAUGUUUGGCUUUUUACGGUCUGGUCUGGCCAAAUAUUGUCUUGUCCGGCCUGUCCGGCUUUUUACUUGGCUGCCGCACCAGGCGAAAGUCGAGCCACAGAGUCCGGCUUUUGUGUUUUUGAACCUGUCAACCCUAGAUCCAUAGCUAAAAAUAAUAAAAAAAAUGAGUUUUCGAUGGCAAUGCCAUAUAAAAAGUUGUAUUUGAACAUCACUUUCCCCUUUAGUUAGGUUUUUUUUGGACUAAAAUAUUGAUAAAAUGAGAAAAAUGAUUAAUUAAUUGAUUACAACUGGAUUGUAAUUGUAUUGUACUCUGUUAGAAGUAAGUUUUUGAUUUGUCAUGACAUGUAUAAGUUGUAAAUAUUAUUUUCUUGUUUGAUGUUAAACUAUAAUAAUAUCAUAGAUUUAGGCGCAUUAUUGUAAUGUUAGAAAUAAUUUUAUUUCAUUGUUAAACUGUCAAAUAUUUAAUAAAAUAUUAUGCAUAUUAGCUUUCAAUUUAUAAGCAAUAAAAUGUGUACAAAUUAAUAUGUGUUUAGCUAGUGUAUUUUUGUAAUUUGUAACCCGGUAUUUUUGUACGCGUUUGGAGUUACUGUCUUGAAUAUGUAUCUCUUUUUCAUCAUUGAUCAGUGAGGGGCUCUAACUACUACAAAGGGGGGUAAAGCCAGCCACACUGCGCUUUCACCCUUAUCAUAAAACACAUCAAGAAACAUCAUAGUUAUGUAGGUGAUAAGAGCAAUAUUGCAACCUUUGUUCUUUCAUGCACUUGCACUGUUUACUGUACUUCAGAAAUACCGGGUUAUUGUUCUAUAAUCUAUGAAGUAUGUUAACGUAAGGUCUUAUAAACUGACAACGAAUGAUCACUAUAUCAGUAAGGCUCCGUUUCCGCUAAGGCAAAGCGGAGCGGAGUUUUUUGAAUAAAUCAAUCAAUUUCCUGGUUUCCUGAAUAAUGAAAUCCGAUUGGUUAUUCAAAAAACUUCUCCGCUCCGCCAUGGUAGAAACCGGGCCUUAGUUAUUUAAACAAACUUAUAAAAUAUCGUUUAAAAAUAUCAACAAAGAGGUUUAUGUCUAUUCUAAGUAGGAAUUGAUUUACAUAAGAUUUGCAGUGUAUUUAUUAUUAUUUUGGUUUUCUCGAAUUAAAUAUGUGUACAGGCGACAGCAUAUAAAGCUUGUGUUGUCGACCGUACAUUCUGUAUUUAUGUAAAUUCUAAAUUAUUACUUGCUUCCCAAAUGAUUUUAAACUUUAAUCUAUUAAAAAUAAGACUUAAAUAUUGGGUGUUAAGCGGCGAAGUCGUGCUCGCCCUCUACGUAAUUAAACUUCGUAAUUAUUUACAAUAUUAUUAUAUCCUAUUGAUUUUACUGUGAUUAACGCAAAAAAGUAGGUAGGAUAUUAUAAAUAGGUAUAUUAAUAAGCAAAUCUAAGGAUAAUGUACCGAAAUGUCAUAGUGAGAUUGAUCUACUUAUUGGGCUGCCUGUAGGAGUAUUAAAAUUAAUUUUAGAUUUUACUGAAUUGUGACUAAAUAAUUUAUCAAUUACUUUUUGUGUAAAUGGUCUCGAAUGUAUUUGGGGCACACUAGAUUCGACAAUUUCAAGUUUUUCCCCGUCAAAAUGCGCGACGCGCUUAAAGGUGCGUACGCACUUGCUCAACGGAAAAAUCUGUUUUCUUUUCUAGAAAACCCACAAUUUAUGCAAUAUCCUGUAAAAACGCAUUAGCGAUCAUUACGGUAAGCAUUGAGUGAUAUUAUUUUUGAGAGUCUGUAUUACCUACGUUUUCGUGUAUGUCGUCAAUAUAAUGUAAUGUACUGUUAGUGAUUUAUUUAAUAAAAUAUAAAAUUAUAUUUA